AUGUCCUGUGCCCUUUUCUUCAGGCUUUUCAUGUUUCUGGCCCUGAUAGCACCCUCCCUAGGCAACCGUCUAGGUCUCACAUCUCGCCUGCGUUUUUCCAGGUUCCUAGAUCCUUCCAAUGUCGUUUUCCUGCGCUGGGACAUUGACCUUAAGGCUGAGAUAAUCACUUUCGAGCUCCAGGUCCGGACGGCUGGCUGGGUGGGCUUGGGUAUCAAAAAUCGCUACACCAACGUGGGAAGUGAUCUGGUCGUUGGAGGAGUCCUGCCUGAUGGCAAUGUUUAUUUUUCGGACCAGCACCUCGUGGACGAUGACACCCUGGAAGAGGACAGGAGCCAGGAUGCUGAGUUGCAGGGGCUGACGGAAGAUGCUGGCUACACCACCAUGCGCUUUUCAAGACCCUUCCGCUCCUGUGACCCUCAUGACCUCGAUAUUACGAGUGACACUGUGAGGGUGCUGGCUGCCUUUGGCCUGGAUGACACUCUGAAGCUGGAUCGGGAACGUACUUUUGUCAAGUCCAUCUUUCUGCUACAAGUAGUCCACCCUGAUGAUCUGGAUUACCCCGAGGACACCAUCAUUCAUGACUUGGAGAUCACUGAAUUCCUCAUUCCAGAAGAUGACACCACGUAUGCCUGCACCUUUCUCCCUCUCCCUAUCGUUAACAAGAAGCAUCAUAUCUACAAGUUUGAACCCAAGUUGAUCUACCACAAUGAGACUAUGGUGCAUCACAUCCUGGUGUAUGCCUGUGGCAAUGCCAGUGUUCUCCCCAAGGGCAUCAGCGACUGCUAUGGGGCCGACCCUGCCUUUUCCCUCUGCUCGCAGGUCAUCGUGGGCUGGGCCGUUGGGGGCACUAGUUACCAGUUUCCAGAUGACGUAGGUAUCUCUAUUGGGACCCCCUUGGACCCUCAGUGGAUCCGACUGGAGAUUCAUUAUAGCAAUUUUCACAACCUUCCUGGUGUGUAUGACUCCUCGGGUAUUCGAGUGUACUACAGUUCUCAGCUGCGCAAAUACGACAUGGGCGUCCUCCAAUUGGGCUUCUUCACAUUCCCCAUCCACUUCAUACCCCCAGGCGCUGAGUCCUUCAUGUCCUACGGACUGUGUAAAACGGAUAAGUUUGAGGAGAUGAAUGGGGUCCCAUUUCCUGACAUACAGGUAUAUGGCUACCUGCUGCAUACCCACUUGGCUGGGCGGGCUCUGCAGGCUGUGCAAUACAGAAAUGGAACACAACUUCGAACAAUCUGUAAAGAUGAUUCCUAUGACUUCAAUCUGCAGGAAACUCGAGAUUUGCCUUCUCGAGUGGAGAUCAAGCCGGGAGAUGAAUUGCUGGUAGAAUGUCACUAUCAGACACUGGACCGUGACUCCAUGACUUUUGGAGGUCCCAGCACCAUUAAUGAGAUGUGUCUCGUCUUUCUCUUCUACUAUCCCCGAAAUAACAUCUCCAGCUGCAUGGGGUACCCUGACAUCAUCUAUGUGGCUCAUGAACUGGGGGAAGAGGCAUCAGACUCCAUGGAGGGUAUCAUGGCCAUAAACAAUGUUGAGUGGACUCCAGAGAGUAUUAAGAAGGCUGAGAAAGCCUGCAAGGAGGCCCAGCAGAUGGUGAUAAUAAAGACCAUUGAUGAGGUGGUGGAAAACACAACAGGCUGGAUUCCAGACAUCACCCCUCCUCCUCGGGGGCCCUGUUUAGAGUCCUCUGGAGGCAAAGUGGAGCCCCAGGACAAGACCCCUGCAGGCUUCAGGGCUGCACCAAUGGCCCUCUCAGGCUCCAGCAUUGCUACCCUGAAGCGCCUCCCGCUAGCGACCUUCCUGUUGGUUCAGGGAACCCUCUCCUGGCUCCUUGCCAUGCUGCAGCCUGGAAACUGA